GCCGCUCCCGGCCAGCGCCGCCGCCUCCCGCCCGCAGGUUAUUCUGAGGUUAUUCCAAAAAUACCCCUCAACAUGCCUGAAAACCCUGCGGCAGAUAAGCAGCAGGUGCUGCAGAUUCUGGAUCGUCUGCAAGCAAAACUACAUGAGAAAAGGGAUUCCCAACACCAGGAAAACCUGGCUGUUUUACGGAACACCCUCAGGAGCCCCUUGUUUAACCAGAUACUGACUCUCCAGCAAUCCAUCAAGCAACUGAAGGAACAACUCAAUUACAUGCCUCCUGACCGCUCAGUAGAUUUUGAUUUUACUAAGAGAGGGCUGCUCGUGUUUGCUGACAAAUCAGUCGCUGCUGGGACACCUUGCAGUUCACCUGGACCCAAAACACCUCCCUUCACUCCAAACCUGGGAGUUAAUGAAUUUAACAUGAUCAUCCAACAAAUGGCAAAGGGAAGACAAAUAGAAUCAAUAAAGAUUGAUAAACCUUCUGUUGGAGGUCUUGGAUUUAGUGUGGUUGCUCUUAAAAAUCCCAGCUUGGGAGAAGUUGGUAUCUUUGUCAAGGAAGUCCAGCCAGGAAGCAUAGCUGACAGGGAUCAAAGACUGAAGGAAAAUGACCACAUACUGGCCAUUAAUUGCACCCCAUUGGAUCAGAACAUUUCCCAUCAGCACGCCAUUGCCCUCCUCCAGCAAUCCACGGGAUCCCUGCAUCUGGUCGUGGCCAGGGAGCCAGUUCAAGGGAACGGCAGAACUUCAGCUGUCUUAUUAAGUGAUGUAAAUCCACCUGAGACUAUUCACUGGGGCCACAUUGAAGACGUUGAGCUGAUUAACGAUGGUUCGGGAUUAGGCUUCGGAAUUGUAGGAGGAAAGUCAAGUGGAGUAGUUGUAAGAACGAUUGUUCCUGGGGGAUUAGCAGAUCGGGAUGGGAGGCUCCGAACAGGAGAUCACAUCUUACAGAUUGGAGGGACCAAUGUGCAAGGAAUGACAAGUGAGCAAGUUGCCCAAGUGCUGAGAAACUGUGGGAAUUCUGUUAGGAUGAUUGUUGCAAGGGACCCCAAGUGUGAAGUCAUGGAGGCUCCACCAGCUCCUGUGAGCUGGCCAGUCAGCACAUUACCUUCCUUUCAAAAUGGAAAUGAUAGUAUCAACGUUUUUGAUAGCUAUGACGUUGAACUUGUAAAAAAGAAUGGACAAAGCCUGGGAAUAACAAUUGUUGGAUAUGCUGGCACAUGUGAUAUAGCAGAACCUUCAGGGAUUUUUGUGAAGAAUAUAAUACCUGGUAGUGCUGCUGACCACAAUGGCCAAAUUCAUGUCCAUGACAAAAUUGUUGCUGUUGAUGGGGUUAAUAUACAGGAUUAUAGCAACCAAGAAGUGGUAGAGGUAUUGAGGAACACAGGACAGACUGUACGUCUCACUUUACUUAGAAGGAAACCUUCCUCUACUAUUUCUUCAGAAAGACCUUCAGAUAGAGUGCAGCCAACUGUUCCAGUCUUUGUGUCCCCUGCAGCUGUAGAGACUGAAAUUAGUGUGGACACUAAGAAUGAGGGAAAACAAGAACAGAAGGAUAAUCUUCAAAGUGAAAAGCAGCAGAGUCUACAUAAAGCAGGAAGAGUCCCACUUCCUCCAGCACAUGAACUAAAAUCCAAGUGGGAAAACCUGUUGGGACCAGAAUACGAAGUUAUGGUUGUGAAUGUGGAUAUGCCCAUUACAGAUGACUCAGAGCUCCAGAAGUACUCAAAGCUAUUACCCAUCCACACUUGGAGAUUAGGUGUUGAGCUUGACACAUUUGAUGGACAUCAUUAUAUAUCAUCAAUUACUUCAGAUGGUUCACCUGCAGCACUUGGUCUUCUGCAACUGGAGGAUGAACUUCUGGAGGUAAACGGAGUCCAGCUGUAUGGAAAAUCCCGACGGGAGGCAGUCACUUUCCUCAAGGAAGUGCCACCCCCAUUUACACUGGUUUGCUGUCGGCGACUCUUUGAUGAUGGCAGUGAGUCACUUGUAGAUGAGCCCACCGUGGGAGUUUCCCUUCCAGAACAAAAGGUGAAACCUGAGGAAGACUCUAACCCUGAGGAGGAAGAAGGAGAAUUAGCAUUAUGGUCUCCUGAUGUGAAGGUUAUUGAACUGGAGAAAGACAAAAAUGGUUUAGGAUUCAGCAUUUUAGACUAUCAGGAUCCCUUGGAUCCAACAAGAACAGCCAUUGUGAUCAGCUCCUUGGUGGCAGGUGGAGUAGCUGAGCGUGGUGGGGAGCUGUUACCGGGGGACCGCUUGGUCUUCGUCAAUAAGAAACAUUUGGACAGCGCCACUUUGGCAGAGGCAGUGGAAGUGUUGAAAUCUGUGCCCCCAGGUACAGUUUCUCUUGGAAUCUGCAAGCCUUUGGUGGGAGAAAGCAGAGAGGAGGAGAACAUGCACAGUGUGGAUACCAGCAGCAUUAAAACCAACCCUGGGUCUCCAGAACCAAUAGAUAACAUUAAUUUCUCAAUAAUACUUGAAGCACCACAGGGUUUCAGAGAUGAAACACCUUUUAAAGAAGAACUUGUUGAUGAACCACAUUUGGACUUGGGAAGGUCAUUUCAGCUUUCUCAAAAUGGCGAUGAGGAUGAGAGGGAGUCCUGGGAGAUGUGUGAAUUCCUGAAACCCAGAACAGAAGACAUGGAUGAAGAGCGGGAAAUGCUGGUGGAUGAAGAGUAUGAAGAAGAUUCAGACUUCCUGAAAUAUAAAGCAUCCUGUGGACAGAAGGCAACUUCAGACAGGAACCUCGAUACAGAACGAUGGGCAAAGCAACUGGAGAGUACUGAAAUACAAGACUUGAGAUCCAGUAUUAAUUUAAGUCCAGAACAGUCCCUGGAAUAUCCAUUCAGUAAAGAUCAAAUGUGUGAAGAAAAUGCUACUAUAAGGUCACUCUUUCCUGGAACCACAGCACACAGUGGCUACCAAAAGGACAUAUUUGAUAUUGAAACUACUCAGUCAGAAGAAAAAAGCAAGAUGGAUUUAGGAACAAAGCUUCGGAUUGACUCUAAAGGACCUGGGCUUGCUGUUGAUUUGGAAGCUAUUGAAAAGGAAGAGCUAAAAGGAGAGAAUGAUGUUUUCUCUAAGAACCUGGAAUCUGGGAGAGUAACCUCCUUAGCUCAGCCUAGAACAGUGUCAUGCAGUGAAUUACCCGAGAGAGAAGAAGGAGAAGGAGAAGAAACUCCAAACUUCAGCCACUGGGGACCACCACGAACUGUUGAGAUCUUCAGAGACCCUCACGUGUCUCUUGGAAUCAGUAUUGUUGGUGGACAAACUGUCAUAAAGCGCCUGAAGAAUGGAGAAGAACUUAAAGGGAUCUUUAUCAAACAAGUUUUGGAAGACAGCCCAGCAGGGAGAACCAGGGCUUUAAAAACUGGAGAUAAAAUACUUGAGGUUUCUGGGAUAGAUCUCCAAAAUGCCACCCACGAGGAAGCAGUAGAAGCCAUCAAGAACGCGGGAAAUCCUGUUGUGUUUGUAGUUCAGGGUCUGGCUAACGUACCAAAAGUGGUUGCUCCCGCCCAGCCUAAGGGAAUCAAAGUCAGCAAAGAUCAGGAUGCAGACAAAGAAAAUAAGAGCGAUAAGAGAAAAUAUGGGGCUCCACCUCCCAUGAAACUGCCACCUCCUUAUAGAGCCCUUGAAAGGCUGCACACAGAGGAAGCUGUCGUGGAUGAAGAGGAGGAUGAGGAUGCUUGUGCAGAGAAAAAAAUCAGGCAAAGAUAUGCAGAUCUCCCAGGAGAGUUGCACAUUAUUGAGCUUGAGAAGGACAAAAAUGGGCUGGGACUCAGCCUCGCUGGCAACAAGGACCGCUCCCGGAUGAGCAUCUUUGUAGUUGGGAUCAAUCCAGAUGGACCCGCGGGACGAGAUGGAAGGAUGCACAUUGGUGAUGAGCUCCUAGAAAUAAACAAUCAGAUAUUGUAUGGAAGAAGUCACCAGAAUGCUUCUGCAAUCAUUAAAACUGCCCCAUCAAAGGUCAAGCUGGUUUUCAUACGGAGUGAAGAUGCAGUCAAUCAGAUGGCUGUUACUCCCUUCCCAUUACCUUCAGGCUCCCAUUCUUCCAUUGAGGAUCAUGGUGGCACUGAACCUGCAAGCGGUGAAGAAGACCCGAGUUUGGAAGUUGUCAUGAAAAGUUUGACUGAUGAGGAAUCCAACAAAGCUGAUGUGAAACAUAAAGCUGAGAAACCAGUGGUGACAGAUCAGCAGGAAACAGAGGAGCAGCUCCCAGAAAAUGACCUCAACCAGAUCAAACAAUCCAAAUCUUCAACAAAAGUGCCACUCAGCUUACAGGAGAUACCCCUGGAGCCAGCACCUACUUACCUUUCUCCAGAGGCAGAAGUCACCAACCGUAGUGUCUUUCCGCCUCCACUGCCUGUGGAUCCAGCAACAUGUCCCAUAGUUCCAGGGCAAGAGAUGACUAUAGAGAUAUCUAAGGGUCGGUCAGGCCUGGGACUCAGCAUCGUUGGGGGGAAAGACACUCCACUGGAUGCCAUAGUGAUCCAUGAAGUCUAUGAAGAGGGGGCAGCAGCCCGAGAUGGCAGACUUUGGGCUGGUGAUCAGAUUCUGGAGGUGAAUGGGAUCGAUCUGCGGAAUGCCAGCCAUGAGGAAGCGAUCACUGCGCUCCGACAGACACCCCAGAAGGUGCAGCUGGUUGUUUAUAGGAAUGAAGCACAUUACAAAGAUGAAGAAAACUUAGAGAUUUUCUAUGUAGAUAUACAAAAGAAAACGGGCCGAGGGCUGGGGCUCAGCAUAGCUGGGAAACGAAAUGGAAGUGGAGUGUUUAUCUCUGACAUUGUUAAAGGAGGAGCUGCAGACCUAGAUGGAAGAUUAAUUCAAGGAGAUCAGAUUUUGUCUGUAAAUGGGGAGGAUAUGAGAAAUGCUUCACAAGAGACUGUUGCCACUAUACUUAAGUGUGCCCAAGGCCUGGUGCAUCUUGAGCUUGGGAGAUUGCGAGCUGGAUCAUGGCUGUCAUCACGGAAAACGUCCCAAAACAGUCAGGCGAGCCAACAGAGUGUCCACAGCCACUUCCACCCCGCUCUUGCUCCAGUCCUCUCCACCUUACAGAAUUUCGUCAGUACAAAAAGAUCUUCAGCAGAUGUGUCUCAGAGAAACUCAGUAGGAGCCGAUAUGGGCCCAAGGACUGUGGAGAUAACAAGGGGUCCAAAUGAUGCACUUGGUAUCAGCAUAGCAGGAGGGAAGGGAAGUCCAUUGGGAGAUAUUCCCAUUUUCAUCGCUAUGAUUCAAGCCAGCGGUGUGGCUGCACGGACCCAAAGGCUCAGAGUUGGAGAUCGGAUUGUCAGUAUUAAUGGGCAACCUUUGGAUGGGCUGUCUCAUGCAGAUGCUGUUAAUCUACUAAAGAAUGCUUAUGGGAGCAUUAUCCUGCAGGUUGUGGCUGACACCAACAUCAGUGCCAUUGCCACCCAGCUGGAGAGCAUGUCUGCAGGGUGCACCCUGAACUCAUCCUCGGAGCAUCCUUCCGAAGAUCCCGAAGCACAUCAGCCUAAGAUUAUUACUUUGGAGAAAGGCUCUGAUGGACUGGGAUUUAGUAUUGUAGGGGGGUAUGGAAGUCCCCAUGGAGACCUGCCCAUUUAUGUCAAGACUAUAUUUGCCAAGGGAGCAGCUGCAGACGAUGGCAGAUUGAAACGCGGAGACCAGAUCGUGGCAGUGAACGGGGAGGCUCUGGAAGGCGUCACCCAUGAACAGGCCGUGGCCAUUCUGAAGCGCCAGAAAGGAACUGUGACAUUAACGGUGUUGUCAUGAGUGUCACUGUGCUCAUGGAGAUAAAUACAAUUAUUUUAGAGCAUUGGUAGAGCUAUAAUAACCCUGCUCAGCCCUGAUGUAAAGCAAACCCUGGCAAAAAUGAGUCAGUGUUCCCCCCGUUGCCAGGCAGGGUAGUGUGAAUCUCCAGCUUCAUUUAGCCUUCCACAUUUAUCAGCCUUUCUCCCCGCCCUCCCCGACUUCUGGUGGCUUUUGAGGUUUCUCUGGACAAGUUUAAUUAAGAAACUUCAAAGAACAAUAUCCGUUUUACUUUAUUUAAUGCAUCAGUUUAUCCCCACUAGUCUGAACCCUGGUUGCAACUGCUGAACCUGGAAUCAGUUCACACACAAAAGAGAAUUUAGAUCAUCAACUGAUCUCAUCUGAUGAGCAGAAAUAAAUGCCGAGUGACUUGUCAUCUCACUCAUGAUUUACUUAUGCUAAUUGUU